GUCGCCGCAGAGUGAGGCUGCGUGGGAGGCAGGCUGGUAGGUGGCCCCGGUUCGAGGCUGCGGGGCGGAAGGGGCCGGCCGGCUUGCGGCAUCAUGCUGCGGCGGCUGCUCGCGGCGCUUAUUCACCCGUGUUUCGUCCCCAGCAGCAGUGGUGGCGGAAGCAGCAUGUUCUACGCGGUGCGCAGAGGCAGGAGGAUCGGGGUCUAUCAGACCUGGGAGGAGUGCCGAGAGCAAGUCAACAGGUACCCGGGCGCCAGCUUCAAGAAAUUUGACAGCGAGGCAGAUGCCCGGUCCUUUGUGGGCAGCCAGGCGUGGCAAUCCUCGCACCAUUCAGCAGGUACUAGCGGCAUAUCUAGUGUAACACAAAAGAGUGACAACUACUGGAAUGAACUGGAAAUAGCAAGCCCAAGUUACAGUAGGUGCAAGAGAAGAGAUGAGCAGUCUUCAGAGGAAGAACCUAACAGAAAACAUGUAAAAUACAAUGAGACAUAUUCAGCAUCUUCAGUGAGCAAAGACAAAUUCUCAUAUAUGGGUGACUCGGUAGUGGUUUAUACGGAUGGCUGCUGCUCGAGUAAUGGGCGUCAUAAAGCACGUGCUGGAGUAGGGGUUUAUUGGGGACCAGACCACCCUUUAAAUACGAGUGAUAGGCUUUCUGGACGGCAGACCAACCAAAGAGCUGAAAUACAUGCAGCAUGCAAAGCAAUAGAGCAAGCAAAAAGUCAAAACAUCAAGAAGCUGGUUAUUUACACUGAUAGCAAGUUCACCAUAAAUGGUAUAACAAGUUGGGUAGACAACUGGAAAAGUAAUGGCUGGAGAACAAGCACAGGAAAAGAUGUAAUAAAUAAAGAAGACUUUGAAAGACUUGAUAAGCUUUCAGAAGGAAUGCAAAUUCAGUGGAUGCAUGUUCCCGGUCAUGCUGGCUUUAGAGGAAAUGAAGCGGCUGAUAGACUUGCAAGAGAAGGAGCUGGAAAACACUACUCCUAGCAUUCUAUCAUGACUAGAAAACUUCAUUCUUGCAGACUAAAGACUGUUGUAGCCAUAAUACACAGACUGUCACUUCAGUCUGAAAACUUGCUAUUGGACUUGUCCGAAAUAAGUUAAUUUAAACGUUGUUAAAACAGUACUUGCCUUAUUUCUGGUUUAAAAGUUUUAAAUAAUGCAGUUCCGUAUAAACACACACACUUUUCUAGAAUGUUCGGAUGACUUGGUUAAUGACUGCUUUGUUUAUAGAGGCUUAUUUAAACACUGCACAUCCUACUUCUACCAAUAUGUGAUUGUUCCGUUAAUUGUUAUAGUCCCAUUUACCACAAUCUUUAUUACAAAUUCUUUUAGAUAAAACUUCAGGUUUUACUUAGUAUAAUUGUUUCAGAAAAGUUUAUGAAGGGAAAUAUGUUUGUCGGUAUGCUAGAUAGAUGUUCCAUUUUUCCAUUACCAAAAGUAUUCAAAUAAAUUAACUUGAGAAGUUUGAUAAUGUUUAAGCCAAUAGUAUAGAAAAUACCAAAAUGCAGACAGUCAUUUGAACUACAGAAUCCUAUAAAGGAAAUCUCUUCCCUCCCCACUGAAUCUCCUCAAAUGCAGAGGUAUUUGUAUUGGCAGCUUACAGCAUGAUACUCUUACAUGCUGUAAAGUGCUGGCUCCUGCAAACUUGUAGAGGUAACAAAAAGCCCAACUGCAGGGAACCCAUUAGGCUUUCUUUUCUAGUCAUCUGAAUUUCAAGUUUCCAACUUUGUUCUUCCUGAAGCAACCUCUAAUUGGCCUCUAGUCAAUUGCAAUCACAAGAUAACUUCAAUCUGCAUACCGCAAACUGCCAUGCUGACGGUUGCAUUGUCUUAUAGCUAGUCACUUGCAGGGAUUAUUUCAGAAUCAAAUUCCAUGUGCAUUCUGGUGACUUUUGUACUGAUCAUUGUCCUAUCUAUAUAUAAUUGUAUGGUCUGAAAUAUUGCCUUUUUGCCUGCUUUUGUGAAUUUUCUGUGCCACAUUUGUUUUCCCACUACUUUUUCUGCCCUUGCUUUGUUAUUUUGCUGCUUCCUUUUCCCACCUUAAACUUUCCUAAUUUUCUUCUGUUUCCAUCUCCCCUACACCAGUCCUAUUUUUCCUCUAUGAACAAAAAUGUAACACAUUCUACUUUGUGUUUUCUCAACAUUCUCACCCUGUCUUGCUGUAUUGACAAGUCUUACUAACCCCCUUCUUGCUUCAUUUCUCUCCUCUUUUCCCUGUACUUGUGUGCUAAUUCUGCUAGCAUCAUUGCAGUUGAUUUCUCGUCAUUCCUAUUUUAAACUUUUAUUACUGCACAGAAUCUCUAUACGUUCUCUACCUUCAGCCCUGUUUUUGCGACCAUUGUUUCAUGCCAUCUUCGUUUUUUGCCCCUGUAUCUUACCCUGUAAAAUGCAUAUGGCUCAUAGUUCUAAGCCCUUCCCAUGCCUUUAUUUUCCUUCAGUGCAAUCUGAGUCUUUGCUUCUUCACCCUUGGUGGAAUCCUCCAUCUCAUCUUUGUUUUACUUCCUGACUAUCCCUCUGUUUCUUCAAUAUUACCACAUUAAAACAACACAGUUAAUUUCAUAAAGCAUGCACAUUUAGUUCCAUUAUUUCCUUUGGCUAUUUGCACAGUAGAAUUUAAGAACAUAACAUAACCUCUGUCUGGGUAGUUUCCUGCACACACAAACCUAGCUAGAUUGUUUUGUUUUCUAGACCAGAAAGUUACAUUGAGCCAGCAUUUGCUCUCUGCACCUGUAUUACAAGUGAGAUCUCUAGGAUGUACAAAGGUUCUUGCAGGAAUCCCUGAAUAAAUGGAAAGAACCCAGUUUACAGGUGACUCUCAGGCAGAUGGCCUGCAGGAAGCAGGGAGACUUGCUUUAAUUCCCAGCUGGAUGGGAAGACGGUAGCCCAGGGAGAAGGGAUAUGUCUGAAAUGUUCAACUUUUUUUUUUAAAGAAAUAAAAAACUUUUGUCCUCGAA